GACACACGGCUGGCGCGGUCUGGUGUGGUCUGGUCUGGUCUGGAGUGGUGUGGUGUGGUGUGCGGGAACCGGUGACCGCCGGGGCGGAUAGUCCACCAUGCUCCGGCUGUGGGCUGCGCACUGGAUCACAGCUGUGCUCCUGAGCCGGACCGUGGCUCAAUACUCCAGUGACCAAUGCAGCUGGCGAGGAAGCGGUCUGAGCCACGAGUCUCACCGCCGGGAUGUGGAGCAGGUCUACCUCCGCUGCUCUCAGGGAUCUCUGGAGUGGCUCUACCCCACAGGGGCCAUCAUCGUGAACCUGCGCCCAAACCUGGAGCGGCCCCCAGGACACAUGGCAGGUCUCCAUGUGUGCAUAAAGCCCCAAGUUUACUCUCAGGGUUCUCACGUGUAUCUGGAGCAUGAGGGGGACCUGAGGAUGCUGCUCUCAGGCCAGGACCAGGCCCAGGGGGCGGUGCGCUGUUUCAGCCUGGCGCAGGGGGCUCUGUUUGUGGAGGCCAUCCCGCAGAAGGACAUCAGCAGGAGGAUCACCGCCUUUCAGUAUGAGCUGGUGCCCGGCCGGGGGCCGGGGGCCCACAUGUACCCGUACCUGCACACCGGUUCAGCCCCUUGCAAACCCUGUUCAGAUGAGGAGGUCCUCAUGGCCGUAUGCACCAGUGACUUUGCUGGCUCCGGGACGUUUGGAGGCGUGGCUCCGGCUACAAAGAAGCACAAUGUGGUUUCGGUGACUCUGAGCCGGCUGUUCCGUCAGAAGAGCGGGAUGUUUGUUGGGGGCGGAGCCAGAGGACGAGUCUGGAGCGGACGCCUCAGCGUCCCCGCCCGGUGCAGCGUGCACCCGGGGGGGGCCGAGCACCUCUUGACCGGCUCCAUCCAUUUUGGCGAGCCCUGGCUCGGAUGCGCGCCUCUCUACAAGGACUUCCUGAGGUUGUAUGUCAGAGCGGAGAAAGCCGGAGUCAACCCCUGUCAAAUAGACACCAACUGAGAGAUUACUUCACAGCUCUGGAAAAAUACUUUUAAAAAAAACAACAACACAAUGAUCAAAAUGUGCACAGAGGGACGGAUGUGGUAUGAACAGACGUAAAGUCCAUUGAGCUUCGUUAAAGGAUUUUUUCCUGAUUAGAUUAAAUAUUUUGCUGCAGAAAAAUGGUUGGACACUUCUAUUGGAAGCCAGCUACCUGAACCCCGGUUUGACUACUUCUGCAUUCUGCAUAUGUCAGCUUCUUUGACAAUCUGUGCGUUACCGGCAGUGAAUGAGAGAGCGAGCGAGUGAAUUAACGAUUUAUGUCAAUUGAAACUUGUGCCUUGUUUUUUUGCUUUUUUUUUUUAAUUGUGAGGAUGAUACUGCUCAUUCUUGAAAUGAAAGUUUGCUUUGUUAAAAGCUUUCUGUAAAAUUUAGGAGUCUUCUGUCAGAAGUGUUUUAGUAUGCAGCUCUGUGAGUCUAUAUGUACCUAGUUGGAGUGUGUGGGGGAUUUGGCUAAUGAAUUUUAAAAGGUCUUUACAUAUUCACAUACGAUUGUAAAUUUGUUAGGAUUUUUUUUCAGAACAAAGGCUAUACACAUGUUUUGAUUCUUUGUGAAAGCACAAAAAUAAAUGCAAACCGUGGUUAUAAAAAAACCCAAAACAAAUGGGAUGCUGCAAAAAAAGAAAACAAAAACAGGAUGCAAUUAUUUGCAAAUCUCAAUAAACCAUUUUUUAAAGCACACCAGGAUAUGGAAAACACUUGUUUAAAGUGAGACAUUUUGAUACUCCAUGACUAAUAUCAGCACUUUUUGAAUUUGGUGGGAUUAGUGCAUAACACCAACUCAAUUUUAUUAACUCAAUCUUAUCUAAAUUGGACUGAGGAAAAGUAAGAAAUGUUUCUUUGGUCAGAUUAAUUGGACUUUAGGG